AUGGAUAUAAAUAAAGAUGAUUCUAAUUUCCCUUCUAUAGAAAUAUUAUCUGUGGAAAAUAUAUAUAGUGACAUAUUGGAUAUAAAUUUACGUAAUACAAGUAGCACUGAUGAGUUUAGUGAUGAAGAGCGAGCAAAAUUCCCUGUAACACUAAGGGAUAAGGAAAUUGUUGUAAAACUUCCAAUAGAUAUAGAUGAUGAACCUACAGAGUCUUUUGAGUCUAAAGUUGAAGAAUCAAGUAAGCCUAAUAAUUCUAAAGGAUAUAAAGAUACACAAGAAUUUACAGUGAAUAGCUCAAAAUUACAAAGAGAAUAUUGGGAUGAAGAAGAUAUUUGUGAUGAACAUGUAGAGAUAAAUAAAGUAUUAGAUAUAUUAGUUCAAACACCAAAAGAAUUUGUUUCAGAAAAAGAUGAGUGGAGUUACUGGGGAGAUAUAGAUAGUUAUCAGGUAAUAAAUAGCAAAACUGCUGGAGUAGGAAAUAUAAUAAUAGACAAUGACGAUAGUGAUGAUGAAUAUGAAGAUGAUUUAGACUUUGAGGUUCUUGGUAAUUAUAAGAAUAAUAGAGAUAAAUUAAUAAAAUAUGGUGAGAAUAAUUUGUUGUCCAGCUUAUCUAAUUUUAAUUUCAAUAUAUUAAAUUCAUGUUUGUAUCUUGAUACACGUGAUAAAGGUUUGAAUUACUUAAAAAAGUGUAUUAAUGAAUUUUCAACUUUAGAAAAUGAUACUAAUGUUGGAUUAAAUAAUGAUAUUAGUAACUAUACUAAUGAAUCUCAAAAUAUGAAUGAUGAACAAACAAAUAAUCUAGAUAGAAAUAUCAAAAUUCAAAAUUCAAAAUCAAUAUCAGAAAAACCACUAAACAAAGCCCAGCAAGAUAGACAGAGGAGACAGAAAAUGAAGAAAAUUGAUAAACAAAAAAGAUUGGAAUUGGCAAUAUUAGGUAUGAAUCCGCUAGAGUAUGAAGACACUACUAAUACCAAUGAUACAAAUAUGGAUAAUAACACUAGUAUGAUAUUAAAUAUAAAUAAAGCUAUGAGUCAGUCUACACUAUUUUCUGAUGUGCCAAAAGAUUUAACGAAAGUUGUUAAUACUUCAAGUGGGAUAUAUUUUUUAUCUUUACGACAAUUUACUCAGUUUUUUCCAAAAUUAUUUGAUCGAGUAGAUGAAAAGGAAAUAAAAAAUUUUUUAAUUGAUGUAUUUAACAAUAGAUAUAAAGAUAAUGAGAAUGCAUUAUCAAAAUAUCCAACAAACUACAAUAGUAUAGACGGAUGUCUUAGUGGAUUUAAGAGUUGGAUUUCAUUCCUUUGUAGGCCUGAUAUAAAAAGUAGAAAUUCUACAUCUGUAUAUGAAAUAUGGAAAUAUGAAAAACGUCAAUAUCAUGAACGCCGUAUAAUGGUUGGUAAUAAUAAUGAAUUUGAUGAGAAAUCAAAGAAACAUGUUCCAAGUAUAGAUUCAUUACAUACUCCUUUAGCAUGGUCAUUUUAUGGUAUACGUGGCUAUUUAUCGCCUAUAGAUGGUGUCAGAUUCCACCGUUUUGAUUUUAGAAAUAAUAUAUAUAAUGCUUUCUUUUCAAAACCUAAUAAUAGCAAUUAUUUUGCUACUUGGAAUAAUUUCAUCAAUAAUAAUUUGUAUAAUUCUACUGAAGUUAAUAAUAGUGAACUAUCAGGACCGUGGUAUGUAUAUCCAGUAUUUGGUGGGAAAUACUUAUAUAACUCAAAUUCCCAGUUAUUACAUCGUUAUCUUCAGAGACAAAAGGAAUCCAAAGAUACAUUACCUUGUAUUAAUUCAUCUGUAUGCUUUAUAUCACCCGAAGACUUAUCAUUAACACACCAAACUCCAAUAGCCUUAUUGGAAUAUGUUGAACAAUAUCCAUUGUUAAUGAAUAACUUAGGAAUGGCUGCUAGAAUUAAUCGAUUUAUUAAGAGUAAUACCUCAGAUUCGGAUAAAUUUGAGAGUAUACUUAACUUGGCUGGUCCACUUGGUUCAAUUCAUAUUGUAGAAGAUAAUAAAAAUAAUAAAAGUAGUAAUAAUACCCAACAAUAUCAUCCAAAAUUAUUUGGUGUUGAAUAUCCAAUAACUAAAGAUGAAAGUGUUGCAAUACUUGAAACAGGUUUAUUUAAUGCUCCAAUAUUUUAUCAUCCUAAGAAAUAUAAUGAAAAAACUAAUAACAAAAAUUAUAGUCAAAAUGAUAUGUUUUCAACGGAUUUCUUGCUUAUUAGGCAGAGUAUAACAAAUACAUCAUCUUUAUCUAACUUCAAAUGUAGACUAUUUCUUCGUCCACUUUCGGGUGAUUGUUUAACUUGCGUAUAUUCGGUAGGACAGGAAGAACCAUUACUGGAAGUACCUUGUAUUGAUAGCAAAACAUAUAUAGAUCUACGACGUGAUCAUUUGCGUGCAAUUGCAUUAAGAAAAUCAAAAGAAAAUGGACGUGACUCAACAGAUAAUAUUAGACAACUCUGUCAAAAUUUAUUCAGGGGAGUAUUUGAUCCCAAUGUAAUUCAGAAAAUAUUACUCUCUUGUAAAGAAACUAGAGAUAGUAACACAAGUAACUCUACUUUAAGUGUUAGUGCAAGCUCAUCUUCAUCAAAUAUUGGUGUUACAUCUAUUUCAAAUACUGGGCCAAGUAAUAAUGCAUUGUCAUCUUCACCACAAUCUUCUUUUCAGAUUAAGCAAUUGAGCGAAAAUAAAUUAAGGGAAAUUAUAACACCUGAAUUAAUAUGUGCAUUAGAUAGCGCAGUUGCUGGUGAUCUUAAGCUUAAGCAAAUCGGAAUUCGAUCACUACGUCACUUUGGCAAAAUUCCAAUAGUUGUUAGUGAAUUAGAUCAAAUGGAAGGUAUUGCAAAGAAAUAUGCAGAUAUUGCUAGAAUUAAAGCUAAAGAUAUUUAUAAAAAUAAAACAAUUAAUGAAGGUGGAGUAUCAACUGAUAGUGAUCAUUUAGCUUCUAAUUUAUUGAGAUUGAUUAAUGAGUCAAGUACUGGUAUUAUAAACUCUAAUGGAAGAAGAUUAACUCCAAUAGCACGUUAUAUUGAGGAAGCACUAUUAUUAUCUCCUUGGAAUAUAACACAAGAAUAUAUUCAAGUUAUUAAGAAUCAAAAUGGUCAAUUUAGUAUUAGAGGUAUUGGUGAUCCUAGUGGUGGACGUGGUGAAGGUAUAAAUCUAAUACGUCGUGGAUUAAUUGAUUCUACAAUGGAAUCAAGAAGUCAAAAGUCAAAUAAUAAAAAUGAAGACUUGAGAAAGUUAUCAAUGGAUCAAUUAAGACAGAGAUUAUUGCAGUAUGGUUUUGAUGAGGAUGCAAUUGCACCAUUACCUAGAUGGGAUCGUGUAGCUCUAGUUCGUCAUUUUUCUUUGUCUGGAGAACCUAUUAAUGCAUCUAAUUCAACAAAUAGCAAGCAAGUAUCUCAAGCAUUAUCUUCAGAUGAUUAUAUUAAUGCUAUUAUUGAAGUUUUAAGGAAUCAAAAGAAUGCACUAGACCCAGACAAUCCAGUUAUGACUGAUGAUAGCAGUUAUAGUGAUGAUGAUGAAGAAACCCAAUCAUAUAAUGGAAGUAAUGAAAAUAAACUUAGUGAUUUACACACAGUAGAAUUUGAAACUGAGGGUAACAAAACUUUAGGUAGAGAAGAUACGACUUCAGAUGGAAAUGAGGAUAAUAUAGAAGAUUUAGAUCUUGAAGAGACAUUUAUAUCAUCUUUAGUUAAUACAAAUAAUACAAAUAAUGAAUCUAACGAUAAUAUAAAUAACAGUAGAAUAAAUCAAUCUAAUAAAAAAGCUGUGAGAUCCAGUAAAUUAUAUGAGCAAUUAUAUGGCACAGGGAAAUUUCCGACCAAUGAAAGAGAGGAUGAAGAAGAAGAAAAAGAUCUUGCAGAUUUUAGGAAGAUGAUUGCUGGUGAAGAUGAUGAUAUUAAUAAACAAAUACAUGGAACAAGUGAGCACAUGAAGGUGAAUUCUAUUAAUAGUGUUUAUAGUUCGAAAGAAAAUAAAUUAAAUGAGUUAGAGUAUAUUCCUAGACUAGCCUGGAUUCGUGUUAGACGUAACAUGACAAGUUGGGAAUAUGAAGAUGAGAAAGUAGUUUAUAUUUAUGGGGAAGAAAAUAUUAAGUAUUUUCAACAAUGGAGAAAACUUAGGAUGCAUUAUAAAAGAGAAGAGAGACGUCAAUUAAAUCCAACUGGCAUUCCAGGUGUAUUGGGUCGUGCAAGUAGAACAUGUCGUCGUUGUGGUCAAAUUGGUCACAUUGCAUCAAAUCCAAUGUGUCCUUUAUAUGAAGGUAAUAAAACAGGUAGCACAAGUAGAUAUCAAAAUGCAAUUAACCAAUCAAAGAAGAAAGGAAUUAUACUACCAUUAAUACAACCUGGUAAAUCUACAAUUAUUGAUGAAGAAAGUACGAUAGCUAACUUGCUAGGUAUGGGCUUUUCUCAAACAGCUACCAAUGAAUGUAGACAAUUGGUUAUGUUAGAUUCAUUGCUACCAACUGUUAGAGCUGGCAAGCGUGGUAGACCACCAUCAUCACAAUUAGCUAUUAAUGAUUUAAAAGUGGGGAUUAAUAAUCAAAUGUCUUCUAUAAAUGGAUUUUCUAGCAUCAAUAAUCCUAAUCUAAAUCUUUCAUUACAAUCAACAAACUAUGAAGAUCCGAACGAUAAUUCACUACAUUUUAGUCGCUUAUCAGCACGUCAAAGAAGGAAAAUGAUGGAUAAUGACGAAAGAUAUUCUAAUAUUAGUGGUGCAGAUGUAAGUACUACAAAUAAAAGUCAGCAUAGUUUGAAUAUUAUGGGUAGUAUAGCUGUUAGUGAUGUAUCAGUUGAUGCAUCACUAGUAGGUUCUGGCCCAAUGAUUAACUCAUAUUCAGAAGCUCUAGAUGAAUUUUGUAUAAGUUUACAACGAAUUAUUAAUGGAACAAAAACAUUGCAUCACUAUUCCCAUGUAUUUUGGAAUCGUGUGAGUGAAAGAAUAGCUCCUAACUACUAUAAUAUUGUUAAAAAACCAAUCUGGUUACAGUUAAUGAUUAACAAAUGUAAAAAAAGAGAGUAUCAUUCUAGGAAGGAAUUUCAGGAAGAUGUCUUACAGCUAGUUGAAAACUGCAAGCUCUAUAAUGGGCCCAAUCAUCCACUAGUAACUGUUGCUACGUUUAUACAAAAUAAUUUGUUGCAAAAAAUUGAUGAAAUACAGGGAAUAGAGAGAAUUGAAGCUUAUCUAAUGAUGAGAAGAUGA